CUAGAAACGUUUAAACAGGUCAAGAUCAACAUCCCUCUCCUAGACGCAAUCGAACAAAUCCCCUCUUAUGCAAAGUUCUUGAAGGACUUAUGCACUAAGAAAAGAACCACCAACGUCCCCAAGAAAGUCUUCUUAGCUGCCAACCUCAGUGAAAUUUUUUCGAAACCCAUGCCGUUGAAAUACAAGGACCCUGGUUGUCCUACAAUUCCAUGCGUCAUAGGUAACACUCACAUUGAUAAGGCACUUCUAGACUUGGGAGCCAGCGUCAACCUCCUUCCUUAUUCAGUCUAUCAACAGCUAGGUGUAGGAGAACUUAAACCGACAAGAUGCACUCUACAGUUAGCCGAUAGAUCUGUAAAAAUUCCCAAAGGAGAGGUAGAGGAUGUUCUGAUCAAAGUUGGAGAGUUUAUUUUCCCUGUUGAUUUUAUUGUCUUGGAAACACAGCCCGUUUCCAAUCUCAAAAUUCAAAUUCCUAUCAUUUUAGGAAGACCGUUCUUAGCCACCUCAAAUGCUUUGAUAAACUGUAGAACCGGUCAGAUGAAACUAUCUUUUGGGAAUAUGACUGUUGACCUCAAUAUCUUCAACCUAGGAAGGCAACCUAGUGAUCCAUCUGAUGAACCCAUGGAAGUGAAUUUUAUUCAGGGAAUAUCCAGUGAACAACAAGAGGGAGAGUGUGAGUCUGAUACAAAUGCAUCUGAUUUAAUGAUUAAGGAACUUUCUGAUGAUGAACUAGAGAUAGAACCGCUAGACAAUCAUGUUUUUGCUGUUGGCUGACAACGAGAACCUUUAGAGAUAGAACCCCGAGUCCAGCUUCGUCCAUCUGUAGAGGAACCCCCUAAGUUAGAGCUCAAACCUCUACCUGAAAAUCUAGAGUAUGCCUACUUAGGGGAGAACGAGUCUUUACCAGUUAUCAUUUCUUCUGAGUUGACUACUAGUCAAAAGGAAGCUCUCUUGGCUGUUUUAAGAGAGAAUAGGGAAGCCAUUGGAUGGACCAUGGCUGAUAUCAAAGGGAUUAGUCCAACCAUUGUUCAACACCGAAUCCAUUUGAUAGAUGAUGCCAAACCUACUAGAGAUGCUCAACGUAGGUUAAACCCAGUGAUGAAAGAAGCCGUUAGGAAAGACAUUCUGAAAUGUCUCGAUCAUGGGAUCAUUUAUCCCAUUUCUGAUAGUUCAUGGGUGAGUCCAGUCCAAGUUGUUCCAAAGAAAUCUGGGAUCACUAUGAUCCAAAAUGUGGCUAAUGAGCUGAUUCCCACUCGGAUCCAAACUGGAUGGCGAGGAAUCGAAGUGGACAAAGCUAAAGUAGAUCUCAUUUCCAAUCUCCCUCCUCCUAAAACAGUCAAAGAUGUCAGAUCAUUUCUUGGUCAUGCUGGUUUUUACCGACGUUUCAUCAAGGAUUUCAGUAAAAUUGCUAGACCAUUGACCAAUCUUUUAGCCAAGGAUACAUCAUUUGUCUUCUCGCCCGACUGCCUCAAAGCUUUCGAAUAUCUGAAAAAGGAGCUAACCACAGCUCCUAUCAUUCAUGCACCGGAUUGGACCUUACCAUUCGAACUGAUGUGUGAUGCAUCCGAUUCUGCGAUUGGAGCUAUUUUAGGACAACGGUUUGAUGGAAAACCGCAUGUGAUCUACUACGCCAGUAGGACUCUGAAUGAUGCCCAGCAAAACUACUCUGUCACAGAGAAAGAGUUAUUACCUGUAGUCUUUGCCUUAGAAAAAUUCAGGUCCUACCUCAUCGGUUCUUUAACAAAAGUUUUCACAGAUCAUGCUGCACUAAAGUAUCUUUUGACCAAAAAAGAUGCUAAAGCACGGCUCAUUAGAUGGAUUCUCCUUCUUCAAGAGUUUGACAUUCAAAUUCUUGACAGAAGGGGAACAGAGAACCCCGUAGCAGAUCACCUCUCUCGACUCCCAAAUGCACCAACAUCAACCGUUCCAAUCAAUGAACAUUUUCCAGAUGAACAACUCCUAGAAAUCCAAUUUGUUCCCUGGUUCGCCGACAUUGUGAACUACAUAGUCAUGAACCAGAUCCCUUCUCAUUGGUCCAAACAGGAUAGAUCCCGUUUUCUCUCCCAAGUAAAAUACUUUUACUGGGAUGAUCCAUAUCUGUUCAAAUACUGUCCUGAUCAGAUCUUUAGAAGGUGUGUUCCUACGGAAGAAACUAGGAGUGUUCUAUCAUUUUGUCAUGAGCAAGCCUGUGGGGGCUACUUUUCGAGGAGAAAAACAGCUGAAAAAGUUCUCCAAUCUGGGCUGUAUUGGCCUACUCUCUUCAAGGAUUCAUUCGAGUUUUGCAAAACCUGUAACCGCUGUCAGCUUUUAGGGAAGGUCACUAGGAGAAAUAUGAUGCCUUUACAACCCAUCUUAUCUGUUGAACUUUUUGAUCUGUGGGGUAUCGAUUUCAUGGGACCAUUUCCAAAUUCCUUUGGAAAUGUCUACAUUCUAGUAGCCGUUGAAUACAUGUCAAAAUGGGUUGAGGCGGUAGCUUGCAAAACUAAUGACAACAAGGUUGUUGUCAAGUUUUUAAAAGAGAACAUUUUUGCACGGUUUGGAGUACCUCGAGCAAUCAUCAGUGAUAACGGUACACAUUUCUGUAACCGUUUUUUCGAGGCUCUGAUGAGAAAAUAUUCAAUCACACACAAAUUGUCAACUCCUUAUCACCCCCAAACCAAUGAUCAAGUAGAGGUCACAAAUAGACAGAUCAAACAAAUCUUAGAAAAAACAGUUAACCAUAACAGAAAAGAUUGGUCUGUAAAAUUGUGUGAUGCUCUGUGGGCGUAUAGAACAGCUUUUAAGGUCAAUUUGGGGAUGUCACCAUACAGACUGAUAUUCUGGAAAGCUUGUCACCUACCAGUAGAAUUGGAACAUCGAGCAAUGUGGGCAAUAAAACAGUUGAAUUUUGACUCAGACUCGGCAGGUAAAAACAGAUUGCUCCAAAUAAAUGAGUUGGAAGAAAUUCGGAAUGAUGCAUACAUAAACUCAAAAAUUUACAAAGAGAAAACAAAAAUUUUUCAUGACAAAUCAAUUUUGCGAAAAAAUUUCUCUCCAGGACAGAUUUUAUUGUACAAUUCAAAAUUGCAUCUUUUUUCGGGAAAAUUAAGAUCCAGAUGGACAGGUCCAUUUUUUGUCAAACAAGUUUUUUCACAUGGAGCUGUCAAGAUAGAAAAUCCUAAAAAUGGUAACAUUAUGAGGAUAGUUCCAGACAAAUCAUGGAUCGAUAUUCCUCGUAUUGAUAGAUGGAGGGAUAGUCGAUAUAAAGAUGGAAUAAAUCAAUUCAUACAGUACGCCUUGGCAGACCCACGGAAGUUAAAUAGUGAUGUCGUGUAUUGUCCCUGCUGUUGGUGUAAAAAUAGGGCGUUGGUGGAUAAAAGUGAUUUACAAAAACACUUAAUAUCCGGAUUUCAUGAGGAGUACAAAUAUUGGACGUUUCAUGGGGAAGGAUGCCUUGAAGAAAUGGAACUGAUGGCGGAUACCGGUACGUCCGGUGGGAGAAUAGAUGAUACGAGAAUAGAUGAUACACAUACGAUGCUCGCGGAUAUGUUAACAGUUCCUAAUAUAGAUCAAUCUGAAGAUGCCGAGGAUGCUGACGAGUCAGGAAAUGCUGGAGGCAUGACUGAUCAUAACGACAAUGAAAAUGAUCUGUAUGAGGGUUGUACCGAGUUCACCAGGUUAUCAUUUAUGCUCCGUCUUUUGCAUAUAAAGUCUCUUAGCGGAAUGGCGGAUAAAUAUUUUAAUAUGUUGCUUGUGUUGCUGAGAAAAGUCAUUCCAAAUGGAAAAGAUAGCAUACCAGAAAAUUAUGAUAACGCAAAGAAGAUUGUUUCCGUUAUAGGACUUGAUUACAAUAAAAUCGACGCAUGCCCUAAUGAUUGUAUCCUCUACUAUAAGGAUAACAAAGAUCUUCAGGAGUGUCCAAUUUGUGGAGUAUCACGGUGGGUACAACGCAAAAAUUAUUCAACACAUGGGACAACAAGGUCUAUGCUUAAGCAAAAGAAGAUUCCAGCAAAGGUCCUGCGUCAUUUUCCCUUAAUACCAAGGCUAAAACGGUUGUAUAUGAAUAAAGACACUGCUAAGCAAAUGAGGUGGCACAUGGAAGAACGUACUGAUGAUGGUAAAAUCAGACAUCCGGCUGAUGCAGAGGCGUGGAAGCAUAUGGAUAGAACUUUUCCUUGGUUUGCGAAUGAGUGCAGGAAUGUUAGACUAGGUUUGUCUAGCGACGGAUUCAAUCCAUUUGGGAUAAUGAGUUCUGGUUGGUCUACAUGGCCUGUGGUAUUAACGCCUUACAACUUACCACCUUGGCUUUGCAUGAAACAACCGUAUAUGAUACUUUCAUUAUUGAUACCGGGCAAGCAUGCACCAGGCAAUGACAUAGAUGUGUUUUUAGAACCGCUAAUUGAUGAGUUAAAACAACUCUGGACUGAAGGGGUUAUGACUUAUGAUACUCAUGCAAAGCAGUCUUUCAGACUACGUGCUAUUUUACUAUGGACAAUUAAUGAUUUUCCAGCCUAUGCGAAUCUUUCAGGUUGGUCUACAAAGGGAACAUAUGCAUGUCCAGUGUGUGGUCCAGAAUUCAAAGGUCUUUAUCUGCAGCACAGUCGAAAGUUUUGUUAUUGGUUUAAUAGAAGGUGGUUGAACAUAAAACACAGAAAGCUUUGUUCUAAAGUUAUAGACGCCCGUGACUUUGAGAAACUUGGAGAAAAUAUUUCUGAAACAAUGUGUGAAAUGGAGAUGCUCUUUCCUCCAUCUUUUUUCACAAUAAUGGUUCAUCUUACACAUCAUCUCGCGGAGGAGGCUGCAAUAGCAGGACCAGUCCAUUAUCGUUGGAUGUAUCUAAUAGAGAGAUAUUUGGGUUCAAUGAAGCGUCAAUUGCGUAACAGAGCUCGCCCAGAAGGUUCAAUAGCUGAAAGUUACGUGAGAAGCGAGUGUCUCUUAUUUGCCUCUCGUUAUAUGAGAGGGGAACAAACUGAACUUCAAGCACCCGUUGAUAAUAAGGAGUACACAGUUCUCUAUCCUCGCGGGCUGAACAAAAAUUAUUCUAACAUAUUGUUAGAUCAAGCGCAUGCAUAUGUUGUAAAUAAUCUUGAAAUCUUCUCGGAGUACCGGAGGCAACAUCAGGAAAAACUUAAGAAUGAAGUUACCGGUAGUACAGCUGUACAUGACAUUAAAGAAAGGCAUAUGAAGGAAUUCCCUGCUUGGUUGAAUAGUGAAAUCCAGGAACAACUUGUCCUUAAUAAUCAAAUAUCAGAAGAAGUGAAGGUUCACGCAAAGCGACCUUACUAUGCUGUAAUUCAAUAUGGUGGGUAUCGUGUUUACGGUUAUAAAUUUCACACGAUGGAGGUUGGUGAUACGAAGGUCACCCAGAAUAGUGGUGUCAUGGCUACCUUCUCACGGGAAUGUUUCUCAAACAGAAGAGAUCAGAAUCCAGUUGAAAAUAAUAUGACAUAUUAUGGAAGGUUGGAAGAUGUGGUGGAGAUAUUCUACGGCUAUGGUGGUCCAAAUGAACAUAAAUACAUGAUGUUCAUGAUUCGUUGGUGUUUUACAAAGACUCAAAAGGAUCCCUUUGGAUUUACAAUUGUCAAUCUCGAUAAAGAAAUUGAUAGUGAUGAAAAAUUCAUGUUUGCAUCUCAGGUGGGACAAUGUUUCUAUGUGAAAGAUCCUACAGUUAAAGACGAGUGGGUUGUCUUGUACAAGGAUUCUAGGGCUUAUAUUCAACCUUCUACUAAUGAAGAUGAUGACGAGAGCUAUAUAAACAACUUCAAUGAGCCAAAUACAGCGAUCGAUGAAUUCUCGUACCCUCAAAACGUAGUGUUUGAAACGGAUGCUCCAACAACUCGGACAGACAUUCCAAAUAUUAUCACAGACAUUAAUAGGAGCUAA